CGCCGCACUGACGUUUGGCUGCAUUUUCCCCCGACGGCCGGGCGCAUCCCGUGAUCUAGCAACCUUGUUUCAGCCGAAAAAAGAAAUGUGAUGUGCUUCUCUUCUUGAUGGCGAACUGAAAAACGUUGGAAUUUUCACCAUCCAAAAAAAACGCUCGCUCCCACGUAGUAUGACUACCGCGUUCAACUCUACAUCGUAGCAGCAGCAGCAGCAGCAGGUUAAAAUCACAGGCCCAGUGGAAUCGCGCUCAUAAGAUCCGAGCAUUACCGUGUCUCCAGCGAAAAUUCUUCCCCGAGCAGCGGUGUGCGUGCAGGUUAUAGAACAUCACCACCACCACUACCACCAUCGCCACCUCCAUCUCCGCCAUCAUCGCGUGUAACACCCUUGCGGCAGCUCGCAGGAAAAGUUUCGGUUCUCAGUUUCCGCGUGGCCAUCUUUCCACCCGAUCCGUCGCCCUCGUGUCGAUUGUCGUGCCGCCAUUAACGCAGCAGUGCAGCAAAGGGGGUAAGCUCUAGAACGUUUCCUUCGCAACAUGGCUGACCAGCAGCAGCAGACCAGCGUUGAGCAGCCGCAGCAGCAGCAGCAAGCGCCAGCACCUCAGCAGCAGCAGCAGCAACCGGCCGCACAGCAGCAACAGCCGCAACAAACGGUUGCCGGUGACCAGCCGGCACAGUCACAGCCCGCCUCCCCGCCGGAACAGGAUGCCGGUCAGAAGCCGGGCGCCGCUGCCGGCUCCCCUACCGCUGCCGCCGCCGCACCCGCCCAGCCCCAGAAGGAGGUGAUUGCGACGAAGGUGACCGGCGUGGUGAAAUGGUUCAACGUGAAGAGCGGCUACGGUUUCAUCAACCGGGGCGACACGCAGGAGGACGUGUUCGUGCACCAGUCGGCGAUCGCGCGUAACAACCCAAAGAAGGCGGUCCGGUCGGUCGGCGACGGCGAGCAGGUCGAGUUCGACGUGGUGAUCGGCGAGAAGGGCAACGAGGCGGCCAACGUGACCGGGCCGCAGGGCGAGCCGGUGAAGGGCAGCCAGUACGCGGCGGAGAAGCGGCGCGGCUUCCGCCACUGGUGGCAGAAGCGGGGCCAGCGUCGGCCGGGCCAAACCCGCAGCAAGGACGGUCAGCUCGAGGGUGGUCAGGGCGACGGGCAGCAGCAGAAUGGUGACGGCCAGAUGCAGCAGCAGCCGCAGCAGCAACACCAGCAGCAACAGCAGCAGCAGCAUCAGCCCCAGCAGCAGCAGCAGUCCGUGAAGCAGCAGCAACAGCAGCAGCAGCAACCGCGCCGCUACCGUCCCCGUGGACGUGGCGGGUACGCCCAGUCGUACUACUCGCGCCCGGCACCGCGCGGUCCCCGCCGCGACAUGGUGAUGGGUGACAACGGCCAGAUGGACCAGAACAUGAUGGACGACAAUGGGGGCAUGCGCGGUCAGGGUGGUCGCGGCGGUGGCGGCCCGCGUCGCUUCUUCCGCCGCAACUAUCGCAGCGGUGGACGCGGCGGCGGCAUGGGCGGACCGCCCGGACCGCGCCGCGGUGGCUACCGACCGGACUACCAGGCCGACUACCAGCAGAACGGCGGCGGCCAGGAGCAGAUGGCACCGCGCCGGGGCGGUGGCAUGCAGGGCCGCGGCUCCGGUGGACGCGGACGGUUCCCGCGCCGUGGCCGCAACCCGCAGCGCCCGCGCAACGAUGCCGGUGGCAACAACAGUGCCGUGCAGAACACGACCACCGAGAGCUCGGCGUAAGGCGGCGGGCGGCCAUCUUACCCCCUCCACCCCCCAUCACUUAAUCAUCACCAAGACCUGCGCGCAUCCUGUAUGCGUAGAGCCGCUCUCGAGCGGAGGCGCGCCGCGCACACCGCGUACACCAUCCGGCGCAAACAUCGUGCGGGCGGGCCAACCAACAUGCACCGAGAAACAUCUAUCUCUCUCCGUCUCCGUGAAUCAUCCCCCGUCAACGGGAAGGAAUGUUGGGUGUUGAAGGAAACAGCACCGACACCCCAGCAUGGAAAAGAAUUGCGUAAGUACACCACCACCCCCUCCAGCAUAAGAACCAACAACCCGUGCGUUCCAACUGAGAACUUGUUCCACUACCGCGCCUAUUGUUUUGUGUGUAUGUGUGUAUGUUAGUAGGCAUAUGAAGAAAAAGCAUACUAGCGAACGUCGUUAGAGCAAAGCGAGCAUACAUAUGUUAAGCAAAGAAGCAAGCAGAACAGAAGCAGGCGGUCUCGAAGAUACGACCGACCGCCGCACAAUCGCCGCCUCCUCCGAUUCGAUCAUCGCGCAAGCUAGCUAAGACAUUGCGUGCGUGUGCGCGAGCGACCAUCACUAUCUAAUCGCGCGCCCACUCCCUUCGGCGGUCCCUCGGCUCUCUCGGUGCAUGAUGAAUAAUAGAAUGUUCGAUAGGACUAAAUGGUAGGACAGUAGUAGAAGCAGAAGCAGAAGAAGAGUAAGGAAGCAAAAGACGCGGAGAAAUGGAUAAAAACCAGACGAAAGGAGAUAUAAAAUAAUAAAAAAGAAGAAGAUUUAAUAAUUUUAACCAUACAAACACACCCCAUUACACACACCAUUGCACAUAAUCGUUUACAAACGACCAAACGUAAACAGGCUAAAAUAUGGGGAAGAGGGCUUUCACACCCGCCAGGGGAGCCCAUGACCCUAAAUUGGAAGUACGGAACACAUAUGAGUAAUAAAUAGAGUUUAAUUGGUUUAAAAACAUGGUACGGAGGUACAGAGUUAGGAGCAAGGAUAGUAAGAUUUAAAGAAAUAAUGCCCUCGUUUGAGCACCUCUUUCGCGGGGCUCAGCGUCUAUCUUCGCUAUUCUUUUGUACAACAGCGAAACAAUUACCCUUUCGUAAGAUCCCUGGGAUGCAAAGCCACCCGUCAAGGAAAUGACCACCAUCAUGAGCUGCCUGCUUAAAAACCUAUAAGAAUAUCGCUGAUAUCAAGUGGCUACUGCUGUCGCCACGUGUUUUUUUUAGGGGGGCACACACGUGCGUCGUCUCCUUGCAUAGCGAAAGAUCCUUGCUAUAAUGGAGGACGAUCGAUACAUCCCGUGGCGCAUGUGUGUGUGUUUGGCUGAUGGCGGAACACACUGCCUGUCAGCAAACAGCAUCUCCUCCCUCAGCAAAGCAAAAAGUGGUAGCGCACAGGUGUUUACCGAUGGAGCCCUGUGUACGAAGAUAUCAAGCCAUCCGAUCGAGACAGCGGCUUCGUACGAGGAAUGAUCGAUCGAUGAUAUGCGGCAUAUUAAAAGAAGAUGAAGAUUAAAAUCAAGGCAUGAGGGUAAUGCCGGGUUAAAAGUGGCAGAGUUGGGGUUAGAAGCAGCAAAAAACCAGUGCAGAAAAUGGAACUCGGUUCAGGUGUUGUUGUGAUGUGUGACUGUGGAGGGAGAGCAAUCUUGUGUUGUUAUUUCCUUAAUAUUACAAACACGGUAAAUAUCGCUUGCAUUUUUAUGCAUUAUGCAUUCACACAUGACAACGGCUUGCAACUGGGAACUGUUUCGAUACUAAAAAGAAAACCACACAUAUAACCAUACAUAAUUCGGUUCAUUUAGUUCAGCCGCUUGAAAGUGAGUUUUUAAACAAAUUUAGGAUUGCUUUUUUAGGAAUACAAUGUUUUUUAACCCAUUUGGAAAUACGUUCCUUCCUGGAAUUUAAACCGGCCGGUAAAGCAGAAGGCUCUACAAUUGCAAAGAGCAACAGGACGGGAUUGGAAGAACAAACAUAGAAACGAUUUAAGCUUGGAAUUAUAAUCUAGUAAGCAUGGACAGCACCUACCAUCACCACGUGUGUUGUGUCCGUGUUGGUUCGCAUCCGUCAAGUAAUAACGCAAAAACCGCAAAAAGAGCUAUAUUAACCAGAUGAAAAAAAAAAGAUGCGAGUGCGUUUGAGUGUUGCAAAUAACAAUUGAUCCAUUUUAUAUUGUUAGUUGGUUUGGUUUGAAGUUAAAAUAACAUAACACCCUCUCUAGUAUGUGCAAGGAAAAGUGUGUGCACGUGGGAAAGGUAGAGGCGAAAGCAGCAGAGCCGAGUGGCAACUAGCAGCAACCAACCACCACACACACACACACACCCCAUCAAGCGUGACGAGGUUGGAAUGGAAAAUUGCAACUAAAAAUGUGCUCGAGAAGGGAACGAAAAACGAACCGUUUGGCGAAGGAAGAAAACCCAUUCUAGGUGUACAUCCAACUAUCGUUUCAGCCUCGUUGCGUGUGGCGUGUGAAGGUUAGGUUAGCAAUUAUUACACACUACCAUUAGCGCUGAAAUGAUGAAGAGAAAACUUUGAAGUUGUGCUGGAAACAAUUGCACCACUCACUCGGUUUGUGGCUUUUUGGCUUUGGUUGUGUAGAAAUUGCGUUAGUUGAAGUAAGGAAAACAACACAGAACAGAAGUAACUGAAACUGGGGCUGAGGGGGAGAGAACGUUACAACUCGAGAAGCUCAGAGAUGGCAAAAAUCCGCAAAUGGACAGUUAGUAGGCUGUGGGAGAGUAGCCGGAAGCGCAUCGGUGGCGAACGGAAGGUGAUGAAAAAAGAUCCAUGCAAGCGGCGUGCGCGCACACGCACGUGCGAUCACGUGUUGUGUUGUGGCUGUCGCCAUUUUCCCUUCCGGGGCAGUGCGUGAUAAGCGCGCCGGGAAUUAUUUUCAUUGGCGUUUGCGGAUUUGCAUUUUGUCCAUUUUGCCUCUUGUUUUGCCUUCCGCUCAACCCACAAUACCCAGUUUGUGCGAUGUUUUGAUUUUCCUCCCGAUUGUGUUGUGACCGGCUUUUUUUUUAAUCAUUUCCCCUUUGCCUCCCCCCCCCCAGCAAUCCGGGCCCGGCUUUGAAACCAUUUUUAGAUAGCGCUACAUCCUUACCUUAAGCUUAAGAUCGUACAAAGAAAAAGGUGUUUAAUUGGAUUCUAUUGCUUUUAAAAUCAGUUUGUAGUGUUUGUUUGUUUUAUUAUAAUAGCGCACUGCAUACACAUACACACAUAGCCCUCUGUAUGCUGUCUCACGCGCAUCUAUCAUAUUCGACGGUGUAUCGUGAGGGAUGAUGAUAGGGCUACUGUUGCUGCCGUCUCCCGGCUGGUAUUGAGACUCUGAACAAACGUGGCUAAUCAGGCAUUUCUAUUCGAAGGAACAGUAGGCGGCGCGAGCAUGAGAGCGCGCGCGCGCUCGUUCUCGGUUCGAAAAUAGACAGCCAUUGCUCGAAACCCCCCCCAUAGCUUGCGUGUGUGGCCGUGCGUCGUGGAACGGCGAGAGGAUAUUUUUAGCAUUCGAUCGGGGUCUUUCGAUCGUAUCGCGUGUUGUGUGAUGGUGGUACCUGUGCGCUCCUGGUUUUGGGGAUUUUUGAGGUCCAAUAUCAACCGAGCCCCAAACCGAGCGCCCGCAUAUACGUGAGUAGUUCCGUUGGCGCAUGGAACAGCAAGUCGAACAGUCGGGGAGCCCUUUUCUUCGUUCUCCUCUCAGGUACACUGGGAACUCAUGCGCGUGAGGCAAAUUUUAUUAGAAACUAGAUAAGGUUUGUGUUUUUCCUGUGUUUUACCAUUUCCUCGAUUUUGAUGAAUUAUGUGCAUGUGUGAAAGUUCAAGACCGAGAAAUGGGCAUACAGAAGAAAUUUAGUAAGAAAAAAAAAAACACACACAAAUAACAAGGAUUGCAAGUUAUUCAUACAACCAAAAUACACAUUUAUUGUCUGUAAGCGAGCGCUGGUAUUAGAGGAAAAGAGGAGUGAAAUUGAAAGCAGUGUAUAACAACUCUAUUAAAAAGAAAAAAAACCCACUGCUUGAGCUGCUGUCACUCUUAGAAAGCAAAAGGAGUGUGAAAAGCCGAAAAAGAAGCGUGUGGUAUUAUUUGAAUUUGAAAUAACAGAGAAAAAAACAGUAACACACAUUUAAACGAUUGCAUUACAAUAGAUUCUCACGCAGGCACACAGCGCGCAGCAUUCUGUGUAGCAUUAAACACAAAACAUCGGUUUGCCACCAGAAAGUGUGCGAGUGUGUGUGUGUGUGCGUUUUCCACCCUCUUCUUUAUAUUAAACUAUCAAUUUGAAACAGAAAUGAAACUAAGAAAAAAAGGAACAUACAACAUACACAUAUAUUUAGUUAACCGAUAACAAGAGUUAAACAACAUAAGCAAAUAACAAACGAAGCAACACGGAGAGAGAAGACAAGGAAGAGAGGAAAGCAAGAAAAUCUGCAUACAACAAAAUGCAAAACAAAACAACUCUACUAUAUUUCAAAAAAUAAUGAAGAAAUAAAUAAGCAAGCAAACUCCAACAUUAAAUAAGGAAACCCCAAGCAAACAAACACACAUACAUAGAAGAACAAUACCUGUACUAGAGGUGUAAUAAAAGGAGCGAGAAAAAGAAAGAAGUAAGAAAAUGCAACAAGGUAGUAAUGGACAAGGAUUGGACUUUAAUAUGCCAAGCAAAGGAAGGAAGGAAAGGGGCCAGUUUGCCUGUGUGCGACAAGUACCCGCAACAACAAGAAAGAUAAGAAGAGAAAGAUCUAGUGAAGAACAGCAUACAUUUAAUGAUAACACAAGAACAGCAAAGUACUAUGGAAUAUUCAUAAAAAACAGCAUGUAAAACAUAUAAAACAAUAUGCAAUGUAGUAUGUUGAACGCGAACUGUAGAAGAACACAGCUAACAAAAUCCACCCGGUUGUUGUUUUAGAACGAGACGCGCGCAGGUGGUGGAGUUAAAAAAUCGGUAUGCAAAGAAACAAAUACGAGCGCUACCCAAUCGAUGAAGCAAAACAACAAAUACACAUACAAGCUAUAUGGACGCAACGCAUCCUCUUAAAAAUAUGAAAUGAAACGCAAGAAGCGCAUUAUUAAUGUUUAAGCAAUGAAAACAGUAGUGUGAACGAUUGAUACAACAUAACUCUAAAGAGAAAACAACAGCGACACAGCAUACACAUAUACGGCAAGCGGUAGUGGAGGAACACAACCCACGGAGGGACUAAGAUUCAGUCCAGAGAGAGAGACAGAUUCAACAUCAAAUGUGACCCCGAAAGCUAGCUAGGAGAGAGAAAGGAACAACAGAAAAAAGAACCCGAGAGGCGAUUGUGUUUAAACAACACAUCAACAUUUUCUUUUGAACGUCAUUUAACAACAUCUUCUAAAAUGCAUUAAACAUCGCGCAAGAUGACGAUUACGUUUCAUUGGACCACGUGCGUGCGUGCGGACUCGCGGCCUGGAGCAGACCGUGUGCAUCGUGGUGUGUGUGUGUGUGUGUGUGUACUGGCUGGUGUGUAUCCUCUAGUCCCCCCACUGGGAACAACUGGUUUCCUUGGCGGGAAGUGAUGCCACCGUGUACCACACACACACACGCGCGCGCGCCUCUGUACGGAUUGUUCGAAGCCGUGGCCGCGGCACACACUCGGUCUGGAACGUGUAAAGCUGCGAAGAAGCGAAGCGAGAGAGAGGGAGCGUGUUUUGGAGCAGAAGACACGGAAACAAUGUCGAAACUUGUAAAACCCAGAAAAAAUCAAUAAAAAAAUCGUAAAAUUUUAA